AUGUAUCAUGACCUUAAGGAGGUCUACUGGUGGAAUGACAUGAAAAGGAAUAUUGUGGAAAACAUGGCAAAAUGCUCCAAUUGCCAACAAGUUAAAGUAGAACAACAGAGGCCCGGUGGCCUAGCUCAGACUAUAGACAUUCCAAUAUGGAAAUGGGAGGAUAUUAAUAUUGAUUUUAUUACAGGUUUACGUUUCUUUUUUAAGAGACAUGAUUCCAUUUGGGUGAUCAUUGAUCGGUUGACGAAAUCAGCCCACUUCUUGCCAGUUAAAUCCAGCAGCAAAGCCGAAGAAUAUGCCAAGCUAUAUGUAAGGGAAGUUGUUCUCUUGCAUGGGACUCCACUAUCUAUUAAUUUAGAUAGGGGUGCACAAUUUAUGACACAUUUCUUGAGAUCAUUCCAGAAGAGUUUGGGCACACAGGUGAACCUUAACACUGCAUUUCACCCGCAAACAGACGGCCAAGAUGAACGCACUAUUCAAACACUUGAAGAUAUGAUGAGAGCCUGUGUUUUAGACUUUAAAGCUCAGAGCCGACAAAAAUCAUAUGCAGAUGUACGCCAUAGAGAUAUAGAGUUCCAGGUUGAUGACUGGGUAUUCUUGAAGGUAUCCCCUAUGAAGGGCGUUAUGAGAUUUGGGAGGAAAGGUAAGUUGUGCCCCAGGUGUAUUAGGCCAUAUAAAGUUAUACGUAGAGUUGUCCAGGUAGCCUAUAAGGUUGAUUUGCCUCGAGAGUUAGCAGCAGUACACCCGGUCUUCCAUGUGUCGAUGUUACGCAAAUGCUUGGGAGAUCCUACACAGGUUAUUGCCAUAGAAGGUAUGGAAUUCUCAGAACACUUAUCUUAUGAGGAAGUCCCAGUGGAAAUAUUGGACCGACAGGUCAGGAAGUUGAGGACAAAAGACGUAGCAUUAGUCAAGGUACUUGAUACAGACACCACAUAUUCCUCAGAGUUGAAACAUCCACAGUAUAAGGUUUUGGAUAGGCCUGUUUACAAAGGAAACUCUGCCAAUUUUUUUUUAAAUUCAUCCGAGGAUGAAUGA